AUGACUACAACUGUGGAAAAAAUGCACCGAGCAACUGGUGACCGGGAGGGAACCCACAUGCCUUCAAUGGGAAGUCUCACCAUUGAAAGUAUGAGGGCUCAGAAACACAACGAACCUACAUCUAUGCAGCUUGUGCCUCUUCAUCCUGACGUGGAGAAGAAAGUAGUUUUUGCUAAAACACAACGUCCACAAGACUUUUACACACGGCAGAAUUUAUGUUGUAGAUGCUGUGGUGUUACACAAAUGCUGGGAUGUCAUAGAUCAUGGUUUAUACAGGAUCCCUGUGGAAUUAUUUGCGCUGUUGUCACUUAUUUACUGCUUGCCUAUGGGAUAUUUGUCAUUAACUAUGUGGUUCUUACACCUAUGGUAUCUACUCUGUAUUCCUGUACAAAUAUGAUGAUAUUUAAUACACUGGUAUUUCUAGGAUAUGCCUCUCAUAUCAAGUGCAUGAUUACUGAUCCGGGUGCUGUGCCUCUAGGAAAUGCAACCAGCGAUAAUAUAGCAAAUCUAGGUCUAAAAGUAGGUCAGGUGGUAUACAAGUGUCCAAGGUGCAUUAGUAUAAAACCAGAAAGAGCACAUCAUUGCAGUGUCUGUAAAAGAUGCAUUAAAAGAAUGGAUCAUCAUUGUCCAUGGGUGAAUAAUUGCGUAGGAGAAAACAAUCAAAAAUACUUUGUAUUAUUUACUAUGUACAUAGCUUUAAUCUCAAUUUACGGACUGUUUUUAGGAAUAUGGCAUUUUGCUUCCUGCAUCAACUCACAGUGGAGCAGUUGCAGUAGGUACUCACCGCCAGCCACAGUGAUAUUACUUAUAUUCAUGAUAUUUGAGGGAGUUCUAUUUGCCUUAUUUACUGCUAUUAUGUUUUGUACCCAAGUGCAUUCAAUUUGCACCGAUGAAACGGGUAUAGAACAAUUGAAGCAAGACAAACCAACCUGGACGAAGAAAUCUAAAUGGUUUGCCCUCAGAUCUGUAUUUGGUGGCAAGUUUUCCAUUCACUGGUUUUCUCCAUUCUCAUCUCCCAACUUGAACAGCGGCAAGACUACACCGUACCAGUAUGUUGUGUAACAUAUAUCAAACCUGAUUGAUUAACUCCUUAGGUAUGCCUUAAUGUGGAGGUUAUAUUCUACACAAGGGAGCAAUAAAGAUCAUUGUAAUAAAGUCUCCCU